UUCUGUAACCACAGGGGAAGUCAUUUAGGAGAGCAAAGAGAAGCUGCAUUCCUUUUUCUCAGUUUCAGGCAUCCUGCCUCCCCCACUGCGUUUACUGUCAGUGAGCUGUUCCGAGGUGGAGGGGAAGGGUUGGUGGGGGUUCAGAGGAGUAGAGGGUGAGUAGAGCAUUUGAAAAACCAGCUGAUCAGAGCUAAGGUAUUCUUCCACAGAAGCAGAGGGAGAGACUGCCUGACUCAAAAGACAAGGGAGGAUAGAUUGUGAGCUUAUUGGUACUUAGAUUGGAGCCUCUCAGGGAUGCCUUCUGUCAUGGAAAUCUGGAAACUCACCUGAAGGAAAAAGCCUUAAGAAAAGAUGUAAGAGCUUGUGGCAGGGGGUGAAAUCUGAGGAAGUCUCACAGAAAAGGAGAAGUCAAGAGCUGGAAACCAAUCCCUGGCUUAAGAACUCCGUGGAAUAGAGAGCAAUGUCUUGGUUAUCACCAGUGUCAUGGGCCAAAUGGACGUGGACGGCGGUACGAGGCGCAGAAGGAGAGGAGGAUGAAGAGAGGCAGGAUGCCAGCGAGGAAAGGGAGCAGUAUGGAAAGGCAGAGGAGGAAGAGGAGGAGGAGAGAUCUCAAGGCUGCAGUUCUGACUCAGAGGGUAAUUUUGGAACUCCUGAAGCAGCUACUCCUGUCCACACCCCUCCAACUGUCCCGGAAGAGCUGGAGAACAACAACACUGAUGCAGACAAAACAGACUUGGAGCAGGAGGAAAGGCUGAUAGUGAUGGCCCCUGUCAUGGAUCAGGAUGUUUUGUUAAGCCAAACCAUGGUCCAGGGCGAGCCAGUAGUCCCAAUAGGGCGACCAAAUGAAAUAAAUGUCCCAAAUCUAGAAGACGACCAAGCAGGGCAACCUAAACAACACUUGGACUCUACUGCUCCUGAUUCACCCUCUCCAAAGGACAUAGCUAACUGCAUGGCUUCAUUUUCUGAGUCAUCACAAAUUUCAAACCUUAACCAUGUUGAGGAUCACAUCGUACAUGUAUCUCCAUCUUCAAGCUCCCCUCCUUCCUCAAUACAGAGCACUGAACCUGCAGCCUUUUCUGCUUCAGAGUCAUCUGAGGACAAGGCCUUGGUUGAACCAGAACCACAACAAAGUGACCUUGCAAAUCACGCAGAACCAACUAAAAAGACAAAAACCAGAAAAUCUAAACCUCCAUCGCUAAAAAUGGAGGCCCCGCUGACAGAGCUUGAGGAGCCAGAACUCUCUAUUCCCAAGGCCACAUACAACUUUGACCCCACCCAGCUGGAUGAUAGCUUUAAUCCCUUCACCAGUGGAGGAUCCAAAAUCCAGAACUCUCCCCCACCAUAUGGCCCAACCUCUCACACCAGGCCUGAGACACUUGGCAGUUCAUUUCCUACUUGUGAGGACAGUUCAGCAGCACAAUCUAACUCAGAAAUGAUUGAGUCCUCAUCAGAUGUGAAGCCUGUCCUCUUGGAGUUUGGUCUGGAUGAGGGAAUGGUCAGCAAGCCCCCUCCAAAGAAAUUUGGGGGGAAAAAGCCAAUCAGCAAACUUGCUGCAAAGAAGCAGAGGCCCAAAGGAUCAGACGCCCACAGCAAACCUUCACUAGAAUCCCCUGUGUCAGAGGCAAAGUCUCAGCCAGUGGUGGAAACAGUAACAGAGGCACCCCAUCAGUCUACGUCAGAAUCAGUGUCAGAACAAGGAGAAAAAGACUCCUCCGCUCCUCUAAACCUGGAUGACGUUCCUAUUGCUAAGACCGGAACCUACAACUUUGAUCCCAGUCAGUGGGAUGACCCAAACUUCAAUCCAUUUGGUAGCAAUAACAAGAUGAGCGGCUCUCCUGUGCUCCCUAAGAGCCCUAACAGCGUUGACCCAGAUCAUUUUAAUGAUUCUGUAGACCCUAUAAAACACUCUAAAUCCCUAAGCACUGAGGAUUCAUCCAGCAGUGUCUCUCAGCCAGAGACAAAAGUCAAAGAAGAAGUCAAGCAGAAAGCACGACAGACACCUGGGGAGAAGAAAGUGAGACAGAUUCCAAAGAAAAGCAAAGAGAAGGCAAGCACGAAUUCCUGUAAAGUAGAGAAAUAUGACGAAAGUCAGUCCUUGGUCCUGGACGUAUGUGAUCAGGAUAAAGAAGAAGCGGUGGCUCCGACCCCAGAGAUAACUCAACGAGUUCACCACGCCACAGAUGAGGAGAAACUAGCGUCCACUUGCAUGAUGGGUCAGACAACAGACAGCCAGGAGGAGGUAGAAGACACACAAUGUAAUAAAACACCAGUGAAAAAGCAGCCGCCUGCCAUGGAGGUUCCUGAGAUCAAGGCUAUAGAUCACCAGGGGGAGAAGGACACCUCCUGUCUUAAAGAUGAUGCAAAUGAGGUAUCCGUGCAGAAGCCAGCAAAAAUAAGCUGCACUGAGGCCCUGAACACAGCAGCCCUAUCACAGGACGGCAUCCCUAUGAGUGAGAUGGACAAGGCUGCUGUGCUAACCCUCAUAAGAGAGGAGAUUAUCACUAAAGAGAUUGAGGUCAAUGAGUGGAAGAGAAAAUAUGAGGCGAGCAGAGCAGAGGUUAUGGAGAUGAGUCCCUCUAUGUUUGCAGAGGAUGAACAGCAGCAGAAGAGCCUCUCCUGUAGUAAGUCGGUCAGGCAGCUGACUUUGGAGAGAGAUCAGGCCAUGGCUGACCUCAACUCAGUGGAGCGUUCUUUUGCUGAUCUCUUCCGGAGGUAUGAGAACAUGAAGGGAGUCUUGGAGGGCUUCAAGAAGAAUGAGGAGGUGCUGAAGAAAUGUGCACAAGAUUAUCUGAUGCGUAUUAAGCAGGAGGAGCAGAGAUACCAAACCCUCAAAGUCCAUGCUGAGGAGAAACUGGAUAAGGCUAAUGAAGAGAUAGCUCAGGUGCGUGUCAAGGCCAACUCAGAGAGUGUUGCUCUAAAUGCAAGUCUCAGAAAGGAGCAGAUGAAGGUUGAGUCACUUGAAAGAGCUGUCCUUCAAAAGAAUCAAGAGAUCGAGGAGCUCACCAAGAUCUGCGAUGAGUUGAUCGCCAAACUGGGACCUGAUUAAGAGGCCUAUGAUGGAAGUUUGUGGCACAAGCAGCAGUGCUUUCUCAUAGCAGCACAUUUUAAUUCUGUUCACGAGCACACAUCAGCACAUGUUCCCUUACUGUGCUGUUUUAGUCAUUCUGUUUUUUUUUGUUAAAGUAUAUCUUCCCAAAAGAUGUUCUGGUUGCAGUUGCUUAUUUUCUCAUUUCUGGCUGAAAUAUAAAACAAGAACAAUAAUGGUGUGUUGCACUAAUCACGGAAACUGAAAAAAAGCACAGAAGUUUUACAAAGUCUUGACGAAGACAUGUGCUUUGAUAAUCUUCUCUUUAAGAUUUGCUGAAGGGUUUGCCGUAAGUUUGAAAUAUUCAUCCAUCUUUUAAGUACUGGGCUUGUUUCUUUGAAAGGUGUGAGCUGUGGUUGUCAAGGCAUUUUCAUUGAUAUUUUAAUCCUUGCACGUCCUGGAAUAAGGGAUCAGUGAUGCCUACAGAGUUCAUCAGACUUUUAUUUUAUCUUUAUUGAAGCACAUUUGCAGUAAUUACCCGCGUUAAUGUAACAAUCCCACUCAGAGAAAAUAUAAAUCUUUAUGCUGAGUCGCUAAAUAGAUUUUUAAAAGAAGAGUUUACACAAAAUACCCCUUGUGCCACAUAAAUCAAGAAAAUUAAGAGCAUUCAAAUGAAAACAACAUAUUUGUUAGGUGACAGUGAUCGGUAAAACUUUAUUUUUGUCAUACUAUAAUCUCAAACCUUGUGCCAUAAUUCUUUUUCUAUGAUGAAAAUGAGAAAAUGACCUGCUGCCAUGUAAAUAUUUUUAUUUUGUAGGCUACUCUCAUUUUUCUGUGUGCAGAUGUUGCAGGUGUUACAUUAUUUUGUCUAUUUUACUGAAGUAAACUUUUUUCAUUGACAUUCAUGCAGUUCCAAAUUCUGUUGCCAAAGUGUACUGUAUACAUUGUUUGGUGUUUUUCUUUUUUUUGGUUGGUGUUUUUCUUUUUUUUUUGCCUGAUACUAAUUAUUCUGAGCUAGCCAAUAUGGGUUUGCAGUUUUAUUGCUUUACCUGUGGUGAUAUGCCGACAAAGCCUUUGUUUUAGGGAGCCGAAGUACAUAAAAUUCCAUUUGCCAGCAUAAACAUUUUCUGGUGUGAACUUGAAGGAGCACAUUUGUGCAGCUCUGGUCAGUUGAGUAUCAUAAACAGAUUUUUCUAUGGACACCCUCUGUACAAUCAGAUGCCAAAUAUCAAUACAUGAUGUGCCCCCAUGCCCAAUUGUGGUGGUGUUACAGUAGCAUGAAGCUGCUUAUUCAUUGUCAGUAUAUCAUGUGUAUAUUUUAUACUUAUAUGAAAAGAACAUCUGAAGUUGUGUUGCUUAUAUUUGUAAACUUGAAGAAUAAAGUAUGCUCAAAUUGUAUUGUUACCUGCUAUAUUUUGUGCGUUCCUGAAUAAAAUGUUAUGGUUUAA